GUUUUUCUCUAUUGCCAAAACACAAAACCCAGUACUCUAAACCAAAUGACCAGUUACCUAAACACAUUUAGUAAAACUACCCCCCAUUUGCCACAACCACAAACACAAUUCACCUGUAGACACUGUUCACAAAACCCAUCCCCUUUUUCUCAAAACUCUAAACACAUUUUGCCUUGCUAAAACACAUUUUGCAUAUAUCUCUGCUCCAAUAUGCAUUGUGAAGCUCAUGUGAUGCAAAAUGCCACCCACAGUCAGCAAAACUUGAACACAAUGAACAUACCUGGUGUCAUUCAGUAAACACAACUACUCAUAAUUGAAAACACCUGUUGCAAAUGAUGUGACCACACCUAUAUAAGUCAGUUUGCUGAAGGUUCCAAACAAAAAUGGAUGAUCAAGGCAGAAGAAGAGGAGUUCGUGUCAGAGGAGGGAGAGGAGCAGGAGGGCGAGCAAGACUAUGCAUUUUCAUUACAGAUGAAAUGAGCGCAACAGUCAUUGACCACGUCACUGUCCACGGCAUGACAAUGACCGAAGCGGGACAACGAGUCCAACCUAACCUCAGCAGAUUCUCAGUGGCCACCAUUAUUCGGGCCUUCAGAGAACACAACAGAUUGCCAUUUGCAGGUGGGAGGCCUUCCAGAUUCACACCAGCCCAAGAGGUCCUCAUUGUGGAUAUGGUUUGGGAGAACAAUGUGAUGAGACUACGUGAGAUACAGGAGAGGAUCAUUGGUGACAAUUUGAACUUUCAGAACAUUGACAAUAUCAGCCUGACAACCAUAGACAGAGUCCUCAAUCGCCAGAGAGUACGCAUGAAGCAGGCAUAUAGAGUACCCUUUGAGCGCAACUCUGUCAGAAUAAAACACCUCCGUCACCAGUAUGUGCAAGUAAGUACAGUACAAUCCAUGUACACAGUGGCCUACAGUACUUUACAUGCAAUACUAUACUAUCAUACUGUAAUGUGCUGUAUUGACUGUCUUUCUGAACACUUGAAAACGCUAUUUGUUUCCACAGUGGAUCUUCGAGUUGGAGUCCAUGGCCAGACCCCAUGAAUUUAUAUUUGUGGAUGAGGCUGGCUUCAACCUCAC